CUACAGCCGUGCCGUGAGAUGAACCGAAAGAGCAAGUAGGAGCCAGUUGUACGCGGACAUUCGUUUCGGUUUGUGCUUUCGUUUUUAUUAGGCGUCGUCGUCUGUAGCUGCGUGUUCAAGUUCCCGUUGUAACUUUAACUUUUGCAAAAUGCAGCUCUUUUCUAUGUUUGCUUCCGUCUGAAACAGUGCUUAAAUUGUAAGAAAAUCAGUGGAAUUGAAGCAUAAAGUUGUUCAAUGUACGCUCGUGCAUGUUUGCACAGUUUUCGGAAGUGAAGAUAAUGCAACCUGGGAUCGGAUUAGUGGAAAUGCUGACUAAUAUAUAUGAAGAGAUCGCGUUUAGUGUUUCAACCCGAGUGGAUUCGUGCUAGUUGUGCCUAAACAAAUAAAGAAACGAUCUGCACACGCCUGCGCGGAAGACGCAAAUCUCUUCGUUGAACCCGCGAAAAUAAGCGCAGAGCCCACAGUGUAAAUACAGGAAAGCGAAUGGUGAAGUGUUGAAUGAAUCAACGACGACGGAUGCGUGUAUGGCCACAAAAGAAGUUCGAUCACCCCCUGCAGCUCGGGAUUGGUUUGAGAUUCGCUUUGCUUAGUGACCACUUAUAAGUGUUUCAUUUUCUUUGAAUCCGCUGCUUACAUGACAUGUUUGCCCUCAUCGGUGUGCAGUUAAAAAAUUGCUGUGGAGUUUAGAUCAUAGAAAAAUAAAAUCGGAUGAUUGUUAUGUAGUGCAAGUGACGAACAAAGUAUACGAUUAACAUAAUCGAUGUAUCCGAUCGUGAACUAGUUUCACUGAAGCGGUAUGUGUUUAGUGCAGUUUGGUAAACCAGUGAAAAUUUAGUUCGAAAAGCUGAAAUCUGCGAUCGUCGAACGAGCUCGCGGUGGCUGUUCCGUCACCAGCUGUUGAGGCCGACGGAGGCUUAGUUUACGGCCCAAAUAUAUAACGUGAAUCAGUUGUAAAGCAGCACCAUUGCAUAGAAGAUGGAACCACGUGUCAGCGGAGGAGCACUUUUUCGAGAAAUUCACAAGAACACCUGGCUCCGUCGGUUGAACGUCGAAGGGAAAAGACCAUCUGUGCUCACAAAGAAACCAGAUCGCUACUGGGUCGUAUUCUGCGUACACGGUGACUGCGAAGCCUUCUUGGAGGGUUACGCCGACCCACGGCAAGCUCCCUCGCACAACCCGGAAUGGUCUCUAGCGCUGCAAACCGUGCAGCACAUAUCACAUGCACUCGUUCCGGUCGAGCAAGAGUUUGAAUUUGUGAUAACACUCGGCAAUGAUGUCGCACGGUUCAACGCCAACACCUGGGAUUGCAUGCAAGAGUGGGUGGAAUCACUGCGUUCCAAGCUUCGCGAAAUGAAGCUGCUUUCGCCCAAGGAGAAUCUCUAUUCAAAACUACCCGAAGCGAAACCGCCGUUAGCUCCUACACGUGAUCCUACGUCACCGCUUCCCGCAACGCCUCCAGUUCCGGCGGCUAUUGUACCGGGGAUCGAGCGUGUUCAGCCAUCUUCAUUGCAUUCCGUUUCGCAACUUGGAACCAGCAGCUCCCCAUUGACGUCAUCACAACAAAUAGCAUCCAAUCCAUCCUCAUUCUCCGCGGUUACUCCCCUUCUUGGAACAUCACCACCGCAUGCACCCUCGACCACUGCCAUGUCCAAUACUUCCACCCAGAAUCUGAUGAACUUACUCACAAAUCCACUGCAAGCUGUGAGCAGCAUAAAUAAUCAGCAUAUUAGCAGUCAACAUCUUUUUGAUGCCAUAUCGCUGGCAUCUGAUUUAUCCGAUGGAAGCAUUGAUGAUUACUCAACCGAUAUUAUCAAACAGUUCAUCAGCAGUGGUAACAUGUUAACUCCAUCCCCAUUACCACAGCUAACGGGGGCGGUUGCUAGCACUUCGGGUACGGUUCCUUCCAGUGGUGGUUCGAGUUCAUCCAAAGCUAUGCCAUUAGCAGUUACCAAGGCAAACAGCCCGCUGCAAGAUGGAUCAACCGUAAUCUGUUCGACAUCUUUGGCAAAAACCUUCGCGAAUAAUGUCCUGGCCGAUCCGGGAACUGCCUCACUCAAACGUACCGAGCAGAAAGUUCUGGUCGAUGUUAAAGCCGAUACUUUUGGUUUUUCCACCGAUAGCGAAAGUGAUGAGGAUGUGUCCCCAUUUUCGUUUCCAUAUUUAGUUGUCGCCAACAACAGCACCGGUACCAGUUCCAGCCGAAGUAGCAGUACUAGCAAGAGCAGUAGCAUCGGACUGCCGGAAGAGAAUGGCAAUGAAUCAUCAUUACCGGCGGCAGUGCCAACGGCACGCCAAUCGUCGGCCACACCGAUCACGUCUCUAACGCAAUUCUGCAAGACUAGGCAAGAGCAUCGUCACGAGCAGAAAAAGACUCGCCGGAAAUAUGUACAGAAAGAGCCAGACCCCAUAACGGACAAUGUCACGAUCAUUGAGGUUUCCAAUGGAACUAAUGCCGGUUCGUCACCUGCAAAAUCAGCACUUUCUCCCUGUGCGAAACGUCGUACGUCGAAGCCAGAAUCGAAAGGCAAAACCGCCAGUACUAACACCAGCACGCUAAUUACUGACGGCCUGAGCGAUGAAAACUACAAAAGUAACGUGCAAAUUAUUCCGUCCAAUAUCGAGUACGAGCACAACUUUCAUCGUCUCCAGGAUCAGGAGCCUUCGAUUAUUGCUUCAAUCAACGAUCGCCAGAUCACGACCGUUAAGGUACCGAAUCUCGUUAAUACCAGCAGUAGUGGAACAGUGAUAAUAACUUCCACUGCAGUUCCUCCCGCUCAGUCUGCUCAGGUAAUCGCAACGGUAGCAACUUCCUCAACUCCCAUCAAAGCGGACAACAAUUUCGGCACUGUCACUCAAAUCGCGGUAAACUCCUGUGAUAGGCCCCAAACUCCUCCUUCACAGCAGCAGCACUAUGAGCAUGUAUUCCUGCUGCCCACUCCAAUUCAGGUAGUGUCGAACCUCGAUCAGCCUACCAGCUUGCAAUCGCCAUCAGCAUCGGCAGUUAGCUCGACCUCGAACAAACACUGCAAAAGUAAAGUCAUGUUACUCAGCAAGCAGCAGCGUUCUUCUAGUCAUUCCGAAAUCCAGUUCAAUCGUGUCAAAAAUCUACGCAAUGGGCUGGAAAAUAAGGAAAAUCAGGUGGAAGCCACCAGUGCCCAGCCAACUGUAUCUGGUGUAAAACCGGGAAUAUUUUCAUCGGCCAGCAGCCCAACUGUCCCGGCUACAACCUUAAGUCCUACAAUGCGUCCUGUGGUAGACAAAAAUAUCUAUACACCACAGCCGCAACGACCGAUGCUGCAACGCGGGCUAACGGAAAUGGUAAUUAGUCGUUCAACUAAUGCGGUAGUUGCCAGCGGAAGGGAUGAUAAUGCCUCUCGAGGGCGUCAACCUUCCGUCAAUUUAAACCUGUCCGUUACUAAGUUUAGAAACGAAGUCAAUGAACAGCGUCGAAGGAGCUCAUCUACUUCCGAUGCUCAACCUGAAUCGUCCGGGAGUGCACUGCCAAGAGCACGUUUAAAUGGUGUAGCGUCCCGGCUGCAAUCUCCUCCGCAACCUUUUCGACCACAUCAUCAGUUCGCGAAUCAGCAGGAUCAAGGUAUCAACGGAUCCAAUCGAAAGCUGACGCUACGCGAGCAACAGGUUAUGCAGUUAAGGCGCGAGAUGAUGCACCCAGGGGGAGUUCAGCUUCAGCUGCGUCGUAAGGAUUGCAUAAAUUCUAUUGGACUGGUUGAUGCGUUCGGUGCUGUUUGGGUUGCCGGCUGGAAGCAGAAAGAGCAUCCGGUUCUGUAUAAUGCCUUGCACAUUGGUGAUCAGCUGAUUUCAAUCGCUGGGAUAGCGAUUACUAGUGCGGCUGAAGCGCACAAGGCGAUUCGAGGAGCACCGGGGCUUUUUGUAAAGUUGAUAAUACGAAGGGUGCCGUUCGGUCGGGUGUUCGCGAUACGAAGGGAAUUAAAUGGACAGUGUUUGGGCUUGAUUCGUGAUGGUAAUACUGCCACAAUUGUAGAUGUAGUGCCAAAUAGUCUCGCUGCCAGACAUGGGCUUCCACCUAAGGCUCAAUCAUGCGAUGGAUUGUCUCUGACGUUUUGGGUCCUUACGGAAAUCAACGGUCGUCCGUUAAACCUCUUCUUUAAGGACAAUGAAAUACGUGAUCGUUUGAAUGCAGUCGGAAAAGACAUAUCGAUAUUGGUUCAACCAGCGGAUUUGGUAACUAAACUGAAGAAACAACUGAAAUCUUUACGUGGCCACAAAGACUUUAUUGUGCAAUAGAGUGUGUGUGUUUGUAAAAAUAGUUAUUUAUGUUUAUUUGUUAACUUUUCGUGCGAUAUGCCGCCGUAAAUCGUAAGGCAUAGAGUGUAGAUGUUUGAGUGCGAUCGCGGUGCACUUAUGUGUGAUAUUUUACCCUGCCGGUACAGAAAAUGGUUUUGCUUUUGUGCUAGCAAACCUAGGAAACAUUUCACAAUUAAAAGUUGGCAAGAUCUUAGAUAAAAUUUUCUUUACUGCAUAAUUUCAAUAUUUAUUACAGUGAAUGAAACAGAGUGACCUUUAGGCAUAUUAACCAAUUCAGAUACAAAUCAAAGUAACUCGAAAGGCUGUAUUAGUAAACGGUGAAUACAUUUUUAAAUCUAUAAGCUAUUAGCAACUAGUGAUGAUACGCAAUUGAACGUUAAAUCUCGAGGUAAGGAAAUAACUCAUUCUUUCUAGUAUUUUUUCCGAUUCGCUAUCGAAAAAUAUGCGAGUCGUACGUACUAUUGAAACCAAUCAUAUUAAAAAGACUACAAAACUUUGUUUCCGUCGAAAGAACGGAACUCUUUUGGUUCGGAUAAAUAAAUCGUCUAUAGAUUCAUAGAGCAGCUAAUAUUUUUCUACUAGAUCUUUAAAAAAACAAAAUUAAAUAACGAAACUGCUAAAUAGGAUACCGAGAGAGCAGAGUUGUCCAGUGUAGCAAAAUAUCCUUUUAGUGUAAUUUUUCGCAGUAUUACAAUAACCGACUCUAGCUGAAACUAUUCGCAACAAAAACUCCUACUGAAAUUAUAUUUCACAACCGUAGUCUAACUUCAA